AUAUGUAUGUGUUAAAGAAUUGUUAAAAAUGAUGAUUAUGGGAAUCUAUAGAAUUUCUUCUGAGGAAGAAAUCAAGAUUUUUAAACAAGGUUGAAUAUAAAAUUUGAAAUAGAAGGGUAAAAUGUGAAAGAUUAUUUGAUUUUUUUGAUAAAAUUGCAAUGCUUGUCAAUCAACAACUGAUUGAUUAAAAAAAAUGUGAUUUAAAAUAUUUAUAAAUCGAUAUUGUUUAUUAUUUAACAUUAGCAAUAUCGAUCUCGAUCCUUUGAAGGUUAAAUUUUCUGACGAAGGAACGGUGGAAAAAAAUUCCUUUUUACAAAUUAUUAAUAAGGGAAAAAUAUUUGUUUUGUAAUAUUUUGAACGAUGAAGCCGAAUUAAAGUACUCUCCGCACGAUAAUAUCGAAGUUCACCGUUUGUCACCUAUUUUCAGAGCGGGGUCAGCCACACUGCCAUCGUCUUUCGAUUGACAAGCGUUUCCAAAUUCACGAUUUGUUCUAGCCAUCAUCAUCGCCGUAGAAUUUUGUUUUCCGUUUUCCUUAUCAUGUUGGAACCAUUGAUCGUGCUUACAGUGUUGAACUGUUUCUUCAUGUUCAGCUCAACUGUGACGACUUGCGCGUUGUGGUAAUCGAAGUAUAUAAACAGUAUUCCCAUCUUACUUCUUUUUAAUGUGUUCGCCAGGUGGCAAUAUCGUACUCAUCGUUGCUGUUUCAAGAAAGAUUCCAUGCAACAGAGUAUGAAGUACAAUUUAUCCAAAUCGAGGAACUCGUCGAAGAAACCCGUCGAAAUUCGAAACAAGCAGGAUAAUAACCCCUCGAGUUCUAUCCAUCGAAGCAAAUCGAAUGUGACUAUGAACCGUGACAAAAAUAGGAGAACUUCGAAGAACAAAGCGAGAUUGAGCGCCAAGCUUCAGUCGGACACCAAGAUACCUAGUGAUGAAAGAUUAUCCAUAGAAACGAUGAGAAAUUGGGAUCUCGAGGAGAAGGCGAAGAUGUCAGAGGCAUCGCAAACAGCAGAAGCAAGAUCGGCGGUGGUGAUGGAAUAUUCAACUGUGCAAAAAAUUGUCCAAAUUUUGGACAACGAGGAAGACAUUUUGGCCACCAAGAUGGCCAUGAAAGAGCUCAAUUCUAAACCGGUUAUUGAAGAAAAGAAACCGACAGUAGAGAUAUUAAAUGAGCCACAGUUUGAAUUAGUUCAAGCUUUACCCGAGUUCGAGACAAUGCCUGAAGAACAUACAUAUAUCAAUUAAAUUUUGAGAAAU